AUGGUUUCCUUUUCCUGUGAGAACUGCGGCGACGUUCUCACCAAGAAGAAACUCGAUCCUCACCGCAAUCGUUGUCGCGGCGCUACCUUCACCUGCAUUGAUUGUAUGGUGUAUUUCCCCGGCGUUCAGUACCGAUCUCAUACCAGUUGCAUGACCGAAGACCAAAAGUACCAGGGCGCCCUUUAUAAAGACAAGAAGAACAAGAAACAGAAGCACUCUCAUAACCACGACAAUCAACAACACUACACCCAAGAUCAAGCAAUGGCAGCCGUUCAAGCCCCCAUGAACCACACCGCAACCAUGAACCACUACGCCUACGUUGAGGACGCUCCCGAGGAUCAGUUCGGCUGGGCCGAGUAUGAAGAGAGCAGCGAUGAUGAGUCUCCCAACGGCCCUCCGCCCGAGGCUCCCACUCCACCUUCCGCUGCCCCCGAACCCCAUGUGGACGUCUUUGAAUUCCUCGUUGGGACAGGCCAGACCCCCAAUGCCUCCAACAUGAACUUGGGAGAGCAGGAUUUGCCUGAUGGUGAGCCGGGAAACUCUCUGGUACGAUACGAGCCCAAGGACAAGCAAGACGACUACAGCUUUAUGGACGACGACGAGCCUAUUGUCGAAUAUGGAAGCGGACCUGUGCCCACCGCCGAAUUUGUUACGCCGGCCCCGAAAUCCGAGAGACGCAAGAGCCGCAGCAGCACUGAGAAGAAGGACAAGAAGCGCAAGCACCUCCAUGUCGACAUCCCCAACGACCAGGUCAUGACUGACGCCCCUCCGGUGUUGCACUCUGGACUGACUGGUGGUAUCAACCGUAUGAUGCGACCUGUAUACCCUCCAUCCCCUGACUACUCCGGUGGUGACAUGCCCGACGCCUCUCCUACCAGUCCCCUCAAGAAGUCAAAGCACUCCAAACAUUCCAAGCACUCCAAGAAUGCCUCUGCCAGUCACAGCAUCUUUGGCAUGAUUGCUGGCAGCAAGUCCAAGUCCAAGUCUAAGACCAAGACCAAGUCAUCAUCAUCCAAGUCAAAGAAGAGCUCUUCCUCCUCCAAGAAGGAGAAGAAAGAGAAGAAGCCCCAGCAGCUUAUUGAAUACCGCCCCCAGAGCAAGGACGGCAACGAACCCAACGAAGGCCAAGUGGUGCUUUACAAGCCCCGCGCUGAUGUCUUCCUCAGCUUUGUCGACAAGGGCCCUGAAAGCGAGAAGGGUGUCAGCUUGAACCGUGUCCUCAAGCGCUUCCACCGAGAACGCGAGGCCAACGGUAGCGAGCUGGGCAAGGGCAAGGAAGAGAAAGAGCUUUGGAGAUCACUCCGACUCCGACAGAAUGACCAAGGCGAGAUCGUUUUGUUCUCUGUCGAGUAA